CUUCUAUGUGGCGUGGCGAUACUUUGGAUACCGAUCGCAAAUACUAUCAAACUUAAUUAGCAUUGUAUGAUAUUGGAUAGAUUACAUGAUUAGUUGGUUAGCUGCGUUUGUGAACUCUACGGACUUGUGACCCGAGUGGGUUGAAUAAGGUAUUGUGUGGGACGUUAGAUUGCGACGCUGUGGUUGUGACGUUGGGUUGUGCCAGUUGCCUCAGAAUGUGGAUCCGUGACAGAGGCUAUGAAACUGCAUUGAUAGUUUCUGUCUUGAUAACUUACAUAAUAUCAAGUGUGCUUUGUUUCAUAGGACAUCCACUUGCCCCUCGCUCGAAAGAUAUAUUUCCAAAUCAACAAGUACAAUGGCAGCAAAAGACUUUCUUCACGCAAGUUGAACCCCCAGCAUGGGUACAUGUGACCCUUUGGCUAGUUGUAUUUAUAUGGCAGCUCGUAUGGUUGCUGUAUGGUAUCCUCACAAUCUUUCGCAAAGGAUUGAAAGAAAAUAUAUUCUGCUCACCAGGAGUUGUACCGUUUAGGACAUAUGUAUUGUUCCUCUUUGCGCAAAUCAUGCAGUUGGCGUGGAUUCUGUUUUUGGACGUUGAGAUCCUAACAAUGUCGUUACUAUCAUUGUCUUUACUAGCGCUCACUCUGUGGUUUUGCUUAGGUCUGGCUUGCAUCCGAAUCGCAAAUGUCGGCACUCUAUUUAACACUCCCGAAAGGAACAUUUCGAUGGAUCUGUGGCUGACAUUAAUUAUAGUACACAAUGGGCUCGGUAUAUUUGCAGCGUGGUCAUCAGUUGCAACGUUGUUCUGUUUUGGAGAUACGCUUCAUCUUGCAUGGGGAGUCGCAGAAGAUACAUCUGGUACUGUGGCACUAGUUUUACUGAUUAUAGAAUGUACCAGUUGGGUUAUCGUUGAUCUUGUGUUCUUGGACAGAUACACGAGGUACCUACUGACGCCAUACAUAGUGAUUCCAUUUGCACUGAUAGGGAGCUUAAUAUCAAAUGUAUCAAGCAUUGCAAAUCUUGUAGAGGCUAAUUCUAUUUUAACUAUGGUACUGCUUUGUUUUUCUGGUAUUUUCCUACUGGUGAAAAUCUUGGUGCUGUGUGUGAGGCACUUAAUUAACUAUAAAAACAUAUACGGUGUGCAUUCUUCUAAACUAGCUUAUGUGGCUAACUCUGAAUUGACUGCUGGUACAAUCAAUCCUAAGACACACAGCUUCGAAGAUCUGACCUCAGGAAAAAACGUAGAAUAUGUCACAAGCUACGCAGAUGUUGAGGACGACAACAAUGCAGAACCUUCAGCUCUAAGUUCGAUCAUGAAAACCAGAGAAAGUCUCGAUAACGCAUCAUCAAAUACACCAUUGGGCUCAAUGAGGGAAGGCGUAAUCAUGAACACGUCAACGGGGGAAGUUGAGGCAAACGACAUGGAGUAUAUAUACGUCCCUAACAUAGUUGCAACAGACGUAUCUUCUGAGACAAAGGUGCAGGAUAACUCACUUCAAAGACCUCUCGAUAUGCAACAAGAAAUGGGACGUCUAACUGCAUCAUUUGACGAUCCAAUGUUAGAUAUUUCAGGCAAAAACAAUGAAGGAUUUGAAGACAUUGCUGAAACAAUCAGCAAUGUUGAAACACUGAGUUAUCACACAGCCGACGAAGGAGCCCCGAAUGACGGAUACGACACGGUCAGCAAUCAAACUGAAUUCGAGGAAUCUUUUGAAUAUAUACCAGUUGAUGUUUCAUUGACCGAAGAAGAAAUCAAAUCUGAACUUGAAACUGAAAUUGAUUCUAAAAUCAAGGACGCUGACUCGAUUUCUUUACAUUCACAAGAUUCAACGUUGACACUCACUAACGUUGCUAACGAUGAAACUGGUUAUGAUGACCACCGAGAUACCGUAACUAGGCAGAACACGUUAGCAGACAAUGUGAACGAGGAAGGUGCUAAAUAUGAAAACAUGGAUGAAACUAUUCAGCGAAGAAACACUGAAGAUAACAAAACUGUCUCUGAUGACGAAAUAAACGUGUAGCCAUGUAUAUGAAAACAAAGUGUCACAUUUCAACAUGAUCGUCCUAUCCAAACUUAAGGCCCAGAUUAGCCUAAAAUGUUGCUUGGUACACAGUAUUAUCAUUUAACUUUACUGCUGCUUUUAAGUUAAGAAGACAUUUGGAUUUAACAAGAAACAUGAUUUUUGUUUGUUUUAGGCCUAUAACUAAUCCCAGGUCUGAGUUGAAAUAACUUUGAUACAUUGGUCGUGUUCCGAAAGAAACAACGCAUUUAACCUUUUUUAUCUUUUACAUGCACUUAGAUAUUAGGAAGACAUAAGAUUUAUUGAUAUAACAAGCAACAUGAUUUUUGAAUUUUUUUAUUACUGCAAUCCCGG